AUGUUAGACCCAUUGAGAAUGGCAACUGUUCGUCGAUAAUCAGAAUUAAUUAAAUCAAACAAUUAAUUGAUAGAAUAAUAACCCAGAGGUAGAUAAUAAUGUGUCAAAUCCAAUCAAAUUUUAACAGACAUUGUUAACUAAUGCAUUCAACGUUCAUAACAUUCCAUAGAUGCACUACAACAAAUCAGAGCCAGAUCCAAAGACAGAAGAAGUUCCUACAAGAAAACAACCCGACAAUCCACUAUAAGCAGUUACAAGGGGCAAACUUCUCCUAGUUUUAGGCAGGACGACCAAUCAGUCACAUCCUCAAUCCAAGAAUCCCUACAAAGUUAGUAACCUGUGAGAUUGUUUAGUUUUAUUGAAAACGAACCUAGUUUCAGAGCCAAAGACAUGCCCUUAUAAAUCAAUAGAGCAAGUCUUGAAACCAAGAAAAAACCAAUCAUUUAACUUAAAGAAAAUUAAAAAAAACUCACCAACAUUGAUCAAUUAUUUUAAGAAGCAUUGCGUAAAAGUUAAUAAAUUACAGAAAAGUUUUAUCACUGA